CUCCGGAAGUACAGUUAAUUUUUAUUCACAGGAAAAAAAAACAGCUGUUGUUGGAAAAAGAAAACCUCAAAAAUGCCUGCCCCAAAGAGACCAUCAACUCCUCAGGACUCUGAGACCAAGGUGAGGAAGCUGGACGAGGACGAGGAGGCUACACCAGCUGACAACAACCAGUCCCUCACAACAGGAACCAUCACAGAUAAUUCAGCCCCACGGACUAAGAAAAAACUGGCGAUGGAAGGCGUCACUAAACCAGCUAAGUCCUCUGAACAGGAUCCCAGCAAAACCAUUUCUGACCCACCUUAUAAAAAAGCCAAGCUCCUAAAAGCCACAAGUGCCUCCUGCAGAGAAGCUCCUUCACAGGGAGCCAACUCUAAAGUGUCGCUGAAGCGAACAGCCUCCACAGACUCUGAUGAUGGGCUCAGUAGCGACGGCAGUAAGGUUGACUUUUUCAGAGAAAGGGACGAUGAAGACAAAGCCCGCUGCAUGAGAAAAUAUUCAAACAAAGCCAAACGCAGAAUAGAAGAUUUGUCUUCUGAUGUGCAGGAUGUAAGCCAGGGUUUACCACCUGCUGUUGUUUACCCUGUACAGAUAGAUCACAAUUAUGGCAUGUUUUCAGAUUCACCGUGUGUUAAAAGCACCAGUGAAGCUCAUCAAAAUGUGAACCAGGGUUCUGCUGAAUCGAGACAAGAAAUUUCAAAUAGUGCAGCACAGCAGGACACAAAAGAUAUUUCUGCAAAAGGGAUAACAGAGUCUACAGCAGAAGAAAAUAAACAUAUGGGCCAUAUCAGCAUGGAAAAGCAAAAGCAAUUAGAUACUGAAACACCAGCAAUGUCAAAAGAAACAUCAGCUGAAGGAAUCCCUGUGACAUCUGCAGCGGAGGAAAAUGGACAAGAUGAUAGAUCACAGCCUGACAAGGUAGAAAACAAAAUGCAAAUGUCGUCGGUGGAAGCACCACUAUCCAUCACUGCAGAUGUGACUUCAAGCCAUGGAGGUGAGGAACAAGUGGAGAAGUCGACGGACUCGGCAUGUGCAGCAGGAAGUCAUGCAGACCUGAGCAGUGAAACUAAAACCACGGAAACUAAAGACUUUGUUUCUAAAGGAAAUGAGCUGAAUAUAAUUUGUCAAGCAAAGAAGGGUGAGUAUCACGAGGAGGGAUCCUCUGAAGCAGCAGGAGCCUCUGCAGACUCCAGUGAUGGUUUACCUGAAAAAGGUGAGUCAAAACAGACACACCCAGCAUCAGAACAGAGGCUUUCACAAAGUAGCUGUGGAGAGGAUGGAAAAGUGACGACAGAAUUUGUUGGCAGUCCAGAGACUCAAACAGACCUCAGUGUCAAAAUUCAAGUGACAUUCAAGGAUCAAUCAAAACCUGUAGAACCACAGUACCAGGCAACAGAUUCGGUCACCAGCUCUUGUGAUGUUGUGAACCCAAUAACAGAAAAGUUAGAAGAACCUGACAGAAAGGAAGUUGAUGUCUCCACUCAGACUGUUGUUUGUGAAGAAGUUUUGGUUGACGAAUGUCUCAGCCAUUCCUCUCUGACAACCGACAGUAGUACCAAAACAUCGACGUCUGACUGUGGGCAGAGUAAGAAAGACGAGUUGUUUUCCGAAGGCAUUACAGAAGAAGUGGAGCACGAAGCACUGAAAGUGGAUAAGCAGCAUCUUGAAACCAACGAAGUGUAUGACAACACUGUACAGCUCUCUUAUGAGGGUAAAGGAGACUUAAACACAGACAAUGGGCCAAAUAUGAAACAUAGUUGUUCCAGUCCUCUAAAUAGUCAAAUCAGAAUCGAUGAACGGGCUUCACUAUCCCUGGAAAAAAUGUCAGUAGACACAAAAAGCCAGAAGACACUGGAUGCUCAUGAACCUACCACAAAUAUAUCUGUUGAUUAUUGUGGGGAUGGUGUGGUUGAAAAUGAUGAAGAGAUAGAAAACAAAGAUGCUGUGAACAUAGAAUGUGUUGGUGAAGGUGAUGAGUCAAACAAAAUAGAAACACUGACUGGAGCGUCGUCAGAAAUCCCCCAUCCUGGACCUCCUGUUGUAGUUCAAACCCUGGAAAUCCAGGAGGUCAGCGAACCUACCACAGCUGUGGUUACUCAAGUUCAUGUUCCAGGGGAUAAUUCUGAAUGCUUAAAAACCUUUGAAUGUGCCAGUGGUUCUGAGAGUGAAAGUAACAAAGAAAUGCACAUUUCAGCAGCACUCAGGUCUUCACAUUCUGUGGGUGAUGUGGAAGUGCCGUGCCUGAAGAGAGCAGAGGACAGUGAAGCCAUCACAGUCACACAAGAGAAAGUUGAAAAACACCUGCCAUCUCCAAGUUAUGGAAGCAGUGAGGAUGCUGAAUUUGUUGCGGCUGUGACUCAAACUGAAGUGGAAAUAGAGACGGUAUCCACGUCAGAGGAGGUCGGCAGCAAUGCAUUGGCUUUGGAAAUGCAUGGCGAGGUGAGAAACGUGAGUGAACCUUCCAUCGAGGUAUCAAGUCAGCUCCAGCGGCAAGAUGGGGUAGGAAAUUUAAAUAACGUUGAUGAAAAUGUGAACUUGCAUCAUGAGAUUGUACCAGAGUGUCAAACUGAAACGGAAAUGCAGACAUCAACAAGUAUGGAAAUACAGACAGAAGAGCACAGGCAACCUACGACAGUGGAUGGCCUUCAUGUCACUCCUGCAGUGGAAACACAAAGUCAGGAAAGCCCGAAAGUCGGUACCCAAACUACAGAUGACAUAUGUGAGGAGGUUCACAUUGAAAAUUCUCAAAGUGUGAGUAAUGACGACAAGGUGAACUUGGAAUUUGCAACUGUACAAGAGAAUCACAUCAAAAUGGAAACACAAGUUACGUCAACCUUGGAAGUUUUGAAGGGAGCCCCCUCGCCAGAAACACAAAGUGAGGAAAGUCCAAAUAAAGAAGAUUUAGUGGGCGGAGAAACAUCAGAGGAGGUUUUGAGCACAGCAUCUGUUGUACAAAUACAAAACCAGGAGACCAAGGUUGUCCCUAAGUCUGGCAGUGAAAUACCUAACCAAGUCCAAGAAGCUGCAAAUGCUCAGACAGCCGAGUCUAACGAAAAGAAAACUGAAGAAUAUGUCAGCGCUACUGGUAGUUCAUCAGAAAUGGAAAUUCAGGCAGCAGAAACAACAGAGGACUGUUACAAUGCAGUAGAAGUGCAAACUCUGAAAGGUCAUGAGGUCGGUCACUUAAGUCCUCAUGCUGAUGCACAAACCAUUUUCAUCAACGCCGAGAACAACGGAAACGCUGGUACUGCUGAUGACCACCCAGAAAUGGACCAGCACACGACAUCGGUGCCUGAAGAGAUUCCUGAUGAAAGAUCACAGGUGGAAACACAAUCACACGUCGGCCAGGUGGUAAGUGAAAUCACCGUCAGUGAUGCACACCAAGAUUUAAUGAAGUUAAGUUCUGAGCAAAAGCAGUGUGACGAAGAGGCGACAGCUCAAUGUGUUGAUGUUCCACAGGCUCAAACUAUGGAAGCCGCUGCAGUGCCAGAGGAUGUGUCUCAUCCAGUAGCCCAACAGCAGAACCACUUAACUAUAAGAGAAAUCAGUGAGCACUCGACCGCCGUGUCAGAAGAAACUCAAAAACUACCCAUUUCUGAUUUGACAAAUAUAGAAAAUCACAGACAGAUGGAGACCAGUGCUGUGGAUGUCCAGUGGGAUAUUGAAGCAACAGGUGGAUCGAUAGAAAGGGCGGAUUCGGCUUUGGAAGAGGAAAUGGGGAUGCAGAUGAUUAAUGAGGUUAAAGCUGACAAAUCUGUUAGCGAUACUGAAGGACAAGGUGAAGGAGCCGAAAGUAUUGUUUAUGUUUGUGGCCAAGCAGAGCACACCGAUAUUGUAAUUGAGGAAACAGAAGGGCAGAUUAAGACGGUUAUUCAGCCAGAGGUCGAAAUUCAUGAAAACAAGAUCAUCUAUGAGCCCAUCAGCAGUCCAGAGAGUAAUCAUGACGAUAGUGAAGUUCCCACAGCUCCAGAGAUGCAUCAUGCCAUUUCUGUUCUGGACAUACAAACACAACAACUGGAGGACGGACCAUCAACACUUUUUGUAACUGAAGACAGACAAGCAGCCGACCCGCAGCUGGAGGAAGUUUCUGUCUCACACAACCAAGCACUUGUUACAAUGGAAGCACCACCUGCCAGUGAGGAGAAGACUGUAGUUCCUGAACAGGUGGAGCAGAGUAAUGUAACUGUGGAUGUGAAUCAAGAAAUAGUCAAUCAAAGUGAUGGAAUCAGUACACUAGAUGACUGGUCAGCGGAUGCUGCUGAGAAAAGUGAAAAGAAUGGUUUUCCAGAGAGCGCCAGUGCUGCAGCGUUUUCAGAACAGGUACAGGAGGAGGUGGAACUUCAGGAGCUCGCAAACAUUGGCGUCACGACGACGACAACAGCUGCAGCAACGGAGAAGAUGACUAAUAGUCCAUCUGAGGAGUACGUCAUCUUAGAGCCAGUCCCAGGGAGUGAACUUCACUUUGAUAUUGUCACUCAGGCUGCUACAGAAUCUGGACUGUCAGAGGAGGUCAGUCCAGACAGGGGUGCAGCAGUAAAUCAAACUGUAUUAAACGGUUCCCAACAGAUGGCCACAGAAGUACAUCCAACUGACGAGGUCAAAGAAGAAACUUCCAUUAAAUCAGGGGAACUAUUAGACCACGAGACAACAAUAGAUACUUUGUCCACUACUCAAAAUUUCGACCAGCGUCCAUCCUCUGACAUGAUGGAAACUGAUAAUGCCGACCUAAAUGUAGACUCUAAUGUAGGUUUGAUCCAGAACACUGAAGAUAAUUUGAACCUUCAAGAGGUGCAGAUUCUGGAGGAGAUCGAGAUUGGACAUGAGGUUGUAGUGGCUCAGGAAGAGGAAGAGAAAGACAGUGAUAUUAUGAUCAUAGAAAAACCAAAGGAGACGCCUAGCACAUGCUCUGCCGAACACUCUGAAGACAAGUCGAAUGAAAAAAGCACAACUGGAACCGUCCCGAAAGAAAACAGCACACCUCAAAAGACUGAAGACGUUGAAAAGGUCCAAGAGGUAGAAAAACCCAAGAAACAGGAAAUGAACACACAAGCGAGGACCAAAGCUCGACUUGCCGCUCUGGCUGAGCAAAGAGCGGCGGCGGCUAAAAGAACAGCAAACAGACAGCAGCUGAACCUCUUAGCCCUUUGUCAGGAAAUCGCAGAGGACAUUGCCACAGACAGCAUGCUUCUCAAGAGGAUAGAGGAAGAGAAGCAAGCUGCUGCCGCCGCCGCCGCGGCCACUGCCAUGGCCGCCGCCACGUCGAGCGAAACAAGCAAAAACACUCAUCAGCCCGCUAACACACAAGAGGCAGACAAGGAUAGUGUUGCAACGAUUGCUCAACCAGAAGGGGACCCUGCUGCAGCGGCCCCCGCAGAGGAGGCGCCCUCAGUCCAGCCCUCUACGGCAGACAAUGUAGCUGAAGUCAAGUCACCUGCGGAGCCGCAAAAGAGGCGCUUCUUCGUCUCUCAGAUUACAGUGCCGCUGAAAGCUCAUGAGAAGAAGAAACUGACUCGGUAUCAGAGGUUGAGACAGGUGGAGCUUCAGAGGGAGAAAAUGUCUUGGGCACGAGUGAAGAAGAUGAAGUCUGACCAAGCGAAUCAGAUGUUUUCAGACAUUGACUGGAAAGCGCCGUUUUCCGACCCUUCCCUGUUUUCGCUUCCCACAGCAGCUGCACCUGCUGCAGUGCCAGCAAAGGAACCUCUCAUUUCUCCUACAAAUAGCAAACCUGCCCCCCCUAAAGUUGAGGCUCCUAAAGCUGAGGAUACUAAGGCUGAGUCGGUCAAACCUGAAGUGCCCAAAACUGAACCUGCUAAGAAAGAACCCAGUAAAAAGGAACCCACUAAAACAGAAGCCACUAAAAGUAAGCCCCCCAAUGUUAAAACUACCAAGUCCGAAGAGUCUAAACCCGAGCCUUCUACUGCUGAAACCCGUAGAAGUACAAGGCAAAGCACCGCUCAGGCUGCUAAAGCAGCAGCUACUCCAGGACCUGCCCCAAAAGUGACCCGAGCAGCAGCCAAGAGGACUCUCCCAGCUGUUCCUCCACCCAUGCCCAACGGACUCAAUGCACAAAAAGCAAAGACUGUCAUUGAGUAUAAGCCUUACAGACCCAGGCCCAAGUAUUCGCCUGACGAUUUUGAACUGGACGAUGACCCAUUACCUACAGGUCCAACGAAGAAUAUGCAUCCCCGGCUCACACAGCAGACGCGGCCCAACCUUCAAUCGAGCACUGUGGCUCAGUCCAAACCAACGCUUUCAUCGAAACCCACCACUCCAUUGCAACUCGCAAACCAGGCAGCAGUCAAAGCUCCGACCACACUCUCAGGUCAGACGAAACCAGUCACUUCAGCUCAAGCUUUGAUGAAACCCACACAAGUGAAAACGACACAGGCAAAACCUACUGCUGCUGCCACUCUUCAGUCAAAAACCACAACAGUGACCACAGCUUUGUCGAAACCUGCUUCGUCAGCGAACACUCAGAUGAAGUCUGUCGUCUCGAGUGCCACUCAGUCCAAAACAUCUUCAUCUCCAGGCCAGUCCAAGCCUGCUGCUUCUGUCUCACCACAGCCACAGACUAAUGCUUCAAGCGUGGCACCACUGAAGCCGUCUGCCUCUCCAUUGGCCAAGGCCGCUGCUGCUGCUGCUGCAGCCACACCUGAGACCAAGCCGGCGACUCCUGAGUCCAGUGUUGCUUCAGUGUCCCAGGAGCCCUCAAGUCCCCCAGUGCAGGAAGAUGGAAAAAGCAAGAAUCCAGCCCAUCCACUUCCAUCCACUGCCGCCUCUUCACCUCCUGCUGACAUGAACUCUGCAGCGAGUGACGCACAGCAGAGUGAAGAAAAGCCUGCAGCCUGCCAUGCUGAUUCUUCCACAGAGAAUAAGACUGAAACAGUCAAGGAAGCAGAUCAAACAUCGGCAAAGCAUUGUCAGGACGGAGCAGCCAAGCUGCAGGAGGACGAGACUCCGCUCUCUGAUGCUUGUCUGCAAAAAGAAAUCAAGAAACUGAAGGAGGCUGACAAAGAUGGCACCCAAACUAUUAUUGAUGCGGGACAGAAGCACUUCGGAGCAGUGGCCUGCAGUGUGUGUGGGAUGCUCUACUCUGCCGCCAAUCCCGAGGACGAGUCUCAGCAUUUACUCUUUCACAACCAGUUCAUCAGCGCAGUCAAAUAUGUGGGCUGGAAAAAAGAGAGGAUUCUGGGAGAGUAUCCUGAUGGUAAAAUCAUCCUCGUCCUACCAGAUGAUCCCAAAUAUGCCUUGAAGAAGGUGGAGGAGAUCCGGGAGAUGGUGGACAAUGACCUGGGCUUCCAGCAGGUGGAGACCAAGUGUCCCUCUCAGACCAAAACCUUCCUCUUCAUCUCUAAUGACAAGAAAGUGGCUGGAUGUCUCAUAGCGGAGCACAUUCAAGAGGGGUACAGAGUGAUCGAGGAGCCCAUGCCGGAGGGCUCGGAGGGAGAGAAGGUGAUGUUCGAGCGGCAGAGGGCGUGGUGCUGCUCCACCACGCCGGAGCCGGCCAUCUGCGGCAUCAGCCGCAUCUGGGUGGUCAACAUGAUGCGGCGCCAGGGCAUCGCCUCGCGCAUGAUCGAGUGCCUCAGGAAUAACUUCAUAUACGGUUCAUACCUGAGCAAAGACGAGAUCGCUUUCUCAGACCCCACUCCUGACGGAAAACUCUUCGCCACCAAAUAUUUCGGCACCUCCCAGUUUUUGGUUUAUAACUUUGUCAGUGGAACGCGCCCGUCUCAGCCCAAAACCGGCGCCGUAUGACGACCUGCACAGGCGCUAAUGAUGCAAGAGGCUUGCUAACCCCGGGGGGGGAGGGGAUGACGUGCCCACGCCACACAGUGUCACACGCUGCAUUUUCACAAACAACACAAACUGUAAAUUACUCUUUGCAGAGAUAACACAUUGGGUUAAAUCUCAGGAUGAAAAAAAAAACAGCAACAAAGUGUUGUUCAAACGUUAUUAAUUCACCCUUUAAUCCCUUUCUGCAUAGUAUUUUGAAAAGAAUGAUAUUUUCUUGAUACGUUUUGAUUAAACAAUCGGUUUUGUUAAAGUAUAGAGUUUUACAAGCAUGACCUGACAGCAAUAGUAAACACUGCGUGUAUUACUGUUUUCGUGUUCAGUCCCUGCGGAACAAAACAUCAAAUUACUGCAUCGAAGAAAAGGUUGAUUCAUCAUGUUUUUUUUGUUUUUUUUUUGUUAUUGUUACAAUGACGGUUUGUUUUUCUUACCACUGAAAGUUACUCGAUCGACUCUUUCCAUUUCAAUCAGGCGUCAGAUUUAUGUUCACACACGUAACAUUUCUAGUUGUCCAUCUACAAGAGGAGUCGAUGAAUUGAUUCGGAUGAGGAGACAUGAAUUAAAACCUGUAGCUCAGGCAUAAGUUGUGUGUUUCUCAUUAUCUUAGAUCACUUGGUCUGAAGUGACGCCUCUUCAGGCCCAGCCAUAUACUGUACUCCGUUUAGCAGGGCAUUAUAGCCCCGACCGUAGGAGUGGUGUCUUUUUAAAUUUCACCAAGGCUGUCUUUUUUUUGCUUUGUUCGUGCCUGAAUUAAUGUUUGACUUAAGAUAUCGAUUUAUUUUCUUUCCUUUUUUUUUUUUUUUUUUUUUUUUUUAGCCAUAUGUUCCUCAGCGCAGCAUGUGGCCUUUUAUUCUGUUAGUGUAGUGUAUCAGCCUCAUAACUCCUUAGUAACACUUAAAAUGUAUAUGAAAUUAUCAUGUAGAUUUAUGCAUAACUAUAACAAGAUUUUUAAUGGGAGAGGAGCGAGGUGUUAAGGCCCGGCUGUUAAUGGCUUCGGAGGGAUGGUGAAUAUCUUCCAGGUUCAGCUUUUAUUAUGAAAUAACUGCUCAGUGAUCAAUAUGGGGGGUCUUAAAUGAACCUUUUGCCUCUGGCUACAACACAACAGUAUCAUUGUAAUCCAUCCUUUUUUUUUCUGUUUUCAUUUUUUUUUUCUUUCUCCUUGUUAAGGCAGUCCCUUUUAGAGAUAUGUGUUGUGUAAGACAAAUUUGAUUUAUACAAAGCUGUUAUGUAAAUAUUUAUUUAAAUAAACACUUUUAAACAGUU